AAUAAACCGUUUAAUACCGAACGGUUCUAUAUGUCUUCAUUGUUUAAAAAAUAAAAAUAAAACAGUUCUAGAAAUGUUUACACAUGUCGUGUUUCGCCAUUCAGUGUUUCUCUGUUAUUUUGUUCCAAAUAGACAUGGCAGUAUCAGCGGAUCACAUCCGGGAUAAACUAACCAAGGAGCUGGGGGCAGUGCACGUGGUGGGUCUCCGUCUCCAUGGGAUGGUGAACACGUGUCUGGCGGAGGAGCUGAAGGAAAUCCAUGCGUUUGAACAGAAGACCCUGACGCCAGAGCAGUGGGACAAACAGAAGCUACAGUGACUCAUUUCCUCUUAGAGCCUUGAAAGUUUGGGAACAUUGAAGGUUAAAGUGCUCCAGUCAUCUUGUUGCUGCUACUAGUGCAAAUAAAAAAUAAAUUCCUCCCCUGUCUUUGGAUGAAUCCUUUGUUUUUAUCUUACAGU